GUCGGCUGGCAGCGUGCUCAGCUCAGUGUGACAGAGCCGACUCUGUGAAAAUGAGCAGCUGGCAGCUGUGAGGCCUCUGAGGAGUUCAGUGCUGCACGAUGCUGCUAGACGAGCGGAUCUGGUCGCUGUUUAAGUGCCACUGGCGGCAGACGCUCACAUACUGGAGUGUUUUCUUCAGCUUCGGCCUGUGCAUCGCCUUCCUGGGACCCACUAUCCUGGACCUGAGAUGUCAGACCCAGUCGACCCUGCAGCAGAUCACCUGGGUGUUUGUCUCUCAGCAGUUCUUUCUGCUGGUGGGUAGCAGCAUGGGAGGACUGUUUAAGAAAACCCUCAAGUCCUCGCUGUUAGCCCUCUUCUCCUGCACCCUCGUCAUCUCGCUGGUGUUUGCCAUCAUACCUCUGUGUCACCAUGUGAUACUUCUGUCCAUCGCCAUGGGGCUGGCUGGCAAAGCCAUGGGGGUGAUCGACACGGUCGCCAACCUGCAGCUAGUGAAGCUGUACCAGAAGGACUCUGCCAUGUUCCUGCAGGCCUUACAUUUCUUCAUAGGCCUCGGGGCACUGGUCAGUCCCCUGGUGGCUGAUCCCUUUCUGGCAGAUGACAACUGUGUGCUGGGAACUAACCUGACCACCAACACAUCCUCUCCCAGCGACCUUCAGCACCUCCGCAGCAGCCUGGCUGGCCAUGGAGCAGCACUGCACAACAUCUCUCACUAUCACCUGUACACCGAGGGGGUCGUGGUCACCAGGGUGUCGUAUGCUUUCUGGAUCAUGGCUCUAAUCAAUCUCCCCGUCCCGGCAGGAGUGCUUGUGUUGAUGUACCAUGAGAGAUUGCUGCCUUGCUCCAAAAGCAGUCCACGUCUGCUUGAUGCAGACUCCAGCACAAACCCCAGUGGGGACACUGACCAAGGGCACGGGAGUGUUUUUGUGUGCUGUAAUGCUGCCAAACUCCGGGAUCGCCCUGCAACUUUCUUCAUCAUCCACGCUCUAGGAGGCGCUAUCCUCUUCAUCACAGAUGGGAUUAUAGGCUCCUACGCUGGCUUCGUCUACACCUACGCCGUCUCCCCUCCUCUGCUGAUGGGCCAUAAGAUGGCAGGCUGUCUGGACAGUGUAUUCUGGGCCGCGAUCACCGCAGGAAGGCUGGCUUCAAUGUACUUCUCCUACAGAUACCGAGCACCCAGGCUGCUCACUAUCAGUCUGGUGGGGGUCAUCCUGGUUCAGUGCCUGUUGUUGAUCUUCUACAACAGCUCUGUGUUUCUCUUCAUUGGUACCUGUGUGUUGGGACUGAGCAUCAGCAGUGUGUUCCCCUCCAUGUUAGCCUUCACAGAGGACAUAUUAGACUACAAAGGUUGUGCCACCACGGUGCUGGUAACGAGCGCCAGCACGGGAGAGAUGCUGCUGCAGCUGCUCGUUGGAUCAGUGAUCCACAGUCAGGGUAGCUACUCCUUCCUGCUGUGCUGUGCGAUAGCAUCUUUCAUCGGCUUCUGCCUGUUCCUGCUGCUCCUCUAUAUUCAGUAUAUCCACAGAGACCACCAUACAGAUUUGUCUCAAAGCAUCAACAUAAAAGAGAUGGCAAAGACAGGAGAGCCGUGACGUGCCGGUCCCCAAGAGAGCGAGGACACAGCAAAGGGAGAGACGCCUCAGGAAGAGGCCGACACUCCUACACGUUUCCCCGGAGUGGAAGGUUCACAAACACAAUCGCACUCCUGCAUCGUGGAAAUCGUACACUAAAUGAUUAUUUGCAACCUACUUUAAAAGCCUAAAGAUCAGCAUUCAGCUCAACAAAUGAUCAGUCUGUUUUGUUUUUUUUUUUUUUUUAGAACAAUCACCUCUUUCAGCACAUUAAAUGCUGCUGCAGCUUGAUUCAAAAGAUGCUUUGUUGAUUAAGUGUGGCCUUUUCAAUAUGAAUGUGAAUGGACUCAUCAGAUUCUCUGUGCAUGUGUGUGCAUGCAGUGGUUUGGUGGACAUUAAAGACACGCUAUGUAAGAUGCCGUCAGUUAGAGA